CUUUUCUAUAUACUUCCUGCGGCGUGGUUAUUGUUACUUAUUCUUGGCUUAUUCUUAUUCCUGCGCUCCUAACUCCUACGCCACCUUUCCCAUCCAAUUGCCAUACCUAUAUAGUAGUUCAUAAUGAGCAGCGACUCCCAGCUUCCGAACCCCGCGCAUAUACAAGCCGACUCCAUGCUGGCUCGACGGUUUGGAAGGGAGACAGUGAACUAUUUCUCCAGUUCCCCUCUCAACCGUCUAUCUUUUCUCCGCUCCGACCAUGCCUUCCUCUCCGCCGCUCUCAAACACCCCUCUACGCGCUUCGUCCUAAUGAAGGAUUUCGCGCCACUGACCAAAACCCCCGCGGAGCCAUACUACGCCAAGUACGAUGAAGUACGCAAACUGGUCCCCGACACCAUCUACGACAAGUCCGAGGAGGACAUCAUCAAGGAGUACGAUUCGCGGAAAACGACCGCCUCCCCAAUCUUCCUCGGCCUAGACGAGACCCAGAAACAGGACAGUCUCACCUGGAAGAUCUACUCCGGAACGCCUUACUUCGCCCUAGACGUGACACCCCGCGGCUCAGAAGAGCAACAAACCAACUCCAAGGUCGUGAUAAGCGAUGUUGAGGCCAAGGGUCUGGCAUUCCUCCAGGGAAGAACCAUCAUGUCCUUCCCAGCCGGCGAAGCCGCCAUCUACGCCCAAGCCCGCGCCCUCAUAGACUGGAACACACGCAACACCUUCUGCGGCACCUGCGGCCAUCCCACAAUCUCCGUCAACUCGGGCACCAAACGGGCCUGUCCACCCAGCGACGCCGCGCUCCUCGCCUCCGGCAAGCCCGCCGAGCGCCCAUCCUGCAACACACGCACCACCAUCUCCAACCUGUCCUUCCCACGCACCGACCCCACCAUCAUCGUAGCCGUCGUCUCCACCGACGCCAAACGCAUCCUCCUAGGUCGCGCCAAGCGCUUCCCCCCAAACUUCUACUCCACGCUAGCCGGAUUCAUCGAGCCCGCCGAAUCAGUCGAAGACGCCGUCCGUCGCGAAGUCUGGGAAGAGGCCGGCGUGACCCUAUCGCGGGUCGUCAUUCAUUCCACCCAGCCAUGGCCCUACCCUGCUAACUUGAUGAUCGGGGCAAUCGCGCAAGUCAGUGACCCUGCGCACGAGACAAUUAACCUGGAACAUGACCCGGAGUUGGAAGACGCACGGUGGUUCGAGUUCGCGGAGGUCGAGGAGGCAUUGAAGACGGGGACGAGUCCGUUGGGCUUUCAGCCGGGUCCGGGAUAUAAGGAGGGCGCGUUGAGACUGCCUCCUGCGACGGCGAUCGCGAAUCAGCUGAUUCGGGCGGCUAUUGGGAUGGAUUUUAAUCACGUGGAGAAUGGGUCUAAGAUGUAGAUGGACGGAGUUGGGUAUAGAUUCUGCAGUGGAUGAAACCCGGGGGGGGGGG